AUGCAUCUUCUCCAGAUCCUAACCAGAUCCACAUUCAUCUUGACCCUUUUCGCCCCUAUCAUUCUCGCCCUACCCCCGAGCAAUAUACACCGAGGGUUUCCAUUAUCAGUCCCCUUACCAUACCAGAUAUCUUCGCCUUCGCCACCUCACACCCAUCUGGUCACAAGAAGAAAUCCAAGCACAAGCAGCUGCGCCGAAACAUGCGGCACAACCUGCUACUACCAAACCACGAUUGACACCGCCGUCGCCGAAGGCUACUCGCUCUACCAGUCAGGCCAGACCGAAGGGUCCGACAAGUAUCCGCACGAAUACAACGACUAUGAGGGCUUCAGCUUCGCCGUGCCAGGACCGUACUAUGAGUUCCCGAUCUUGAGGACUUUCAAGGCCUACGAAGGUGGAAGUCCGGGUGCGGAUAGGGUCGUUUUUAAUACGGAUGGGGAAUUGGCGGGGGUUAUUACGCAUACGGGGGCCGGGGGGAAUGAUUUUGUCGAGUGUGUGGCUGGGAAGUAG